AUGGCUAGAAAAAUAGUUAGUGUUCGCACCACCUUGAAGGAUUCACUAUCAUAUGAGCGUUCUUCACAACCGUGCAGACCUCCUGCGACGUCUCUCUUUACAACGGGAAAACUGAAAGGAUACGAUGGCGACAUUGACGAUUCAGUCACGGUUAGUGAACCAGUGUACGGGGACAGCUUUCAGUCUGGGGGCAGUACCCCAAUCGCACAGACCGCACCACUCAAGGACAGAUCGAGUAUUAAAACUCCCAAGUCUCGCAAGGUAGUUGUACAGAGGCGCAGACAGAGUGCUAUAUUAGCCGCUGAAAUAGGUGUGCUCGCACCGCCUUGUGACGUGCCAUCAGCGUCACCGACUGAUUGUGUGGAUAGUAAGCCACCCAUCGACCUAUCUGACGAAUGUUUGAACCCAUCCCAAUUUUUAAGGCGAAAGAAAUUCACAACAGUAAAUCAAGCUCGAAUCGAGACAAGCACAGGGUUCGAUGCAGAUAAGACUGCAAAACCGUUCGAGAACGAUGAACACUCGAUUCAUACGGACGGCAGCGGAGCGGGGCCCGUUGUGCAGAACGAUCCCGAGCAGAGCAAAAUUAGAGGGUCUGCACUUGCAACAGUACACGCAGCAGAUGCGACUAUUCCAACUACAAAUCCAAACACGAACACAAAUGCGGAUUCGAAGCGUAUGUCGCUCAUAGACCACGCGGACGACUUACUCGCCAAGCAUUCUCUGGGUAAAUCUUUAGACAAGCUGGGGAAUUUCCUUCUGGAUUCUAAGAGGAAACAGAAAAAAGGAAGCACGUACAAUACGUUGGGAAAGGCUCCAUCCGCACAGUCCUUGGAUGAUGAUACGGCCAUAGCACAGGCCGAACUCGAUAUAGAUAAGUAUGCGGCGCACAAGUUAAAUGGACUGGAAACGCGCGACUUGAAUUGUAGUAUACAAGCAACUCGUAUGGCUACACCGCGUUCUUCAGUCAAGCCGAGUAGUGACUUGUACACAUGGGAAACUAGCCUGAAAGGAUGCCAGAGCGACCAAAACUUGCAGAGCAGCGAUACUAAUUCGGACGUAAAUUCCCAGCAUCGGCCACUUCGCCGUAACUUAUCUCUCGGCUCAGACGUGGGUAGUGUAUCCGAUAUGGGGAGUAUACCAUCAGACCAUAGUCAAGUACGCCAGCAGACGUACAGUAGCAAACCGGCUAUUCCGAAUAUCCGGUCGCACCCCUCGCCAGCAACUCGGUCCAGUCCACAGCUACACCUCCGACAAACCUUCGCCCGGCAACGGUCACAAAGCGGUUAUGGGACCGAUACCUCAGUCACCCGCAAUACCGUCGUCAGUACCGGUCCGAUCUCUAAUGCACCCGAAUCUAGCGUCGAGUCUGCGUUGAGAAAGGGUGAGAGUCUGUCGAGCGAUAAUGUAAAGGGCAUUCCCAACGGGAUCCUAGUCAACCAGACAAGUAACGACAAGGCGAAUGCCAAUGGAAUUCUUAAGAACCACACAUUCCAAGCAGCAAAUGAAUCGGAAUUUAAUACUUUGCAUAAGGGCGUACAGUCUCGAAUUAUCUCGGUUGGAAGUCCCAGCAGACCUACAUCUCACUACUGUACCAGUGAACCUGUAGAUCCUGUGCCUGCCAGUCGGAGACCUAACUCGCUUGUGAUACAGUCACACUCCUCCACUCAGCUGUUCUCUCAAAACUCACCUCAGUCUGGCGCAAGGGCCAGUGAGAUGCGCAAACAGCCACAAUCGCGGUUUAUUGUACCGCAAAGUGUUGACAACUUACAGUUGAGUACACGUAGUCCUAUACUAACAUCUACACAUAGCCCUACACAUAGCCCGACACCUAAACCCACACUCAGCCCACUACCAACAUCAACACCUCCAUACAACCAAGCCUCAGGCAAUGUAUACUUUCCCCGGGGGAAUACAACCCAAGCUUCUCGACGAAUGUCCGCGGCCAGUAGCCCUGCUCACGCUGCACCUAGACAUUCGCCCUUGACACGGAAUACGAGUAUGCAAUCCAACCUUAACGCGCAGACUGUGGCAGCGAUGAUCCAGCCGAGGCGUAAAAAAUCAGUCCCUAGGCUAUCUCAGAUGAGCCUGGAUCUGCUGACACCAUACGUGGAUACGCUGUCAGCAAACCAGCCAGCUACUAGGCAAACACAAACGGUAGCUAGGAGUAUGGAUUAUAUGCCAUUAACUGUGCCCAACCAACGCCCUUCAUCGGCAAUGAUGAUGAAUGGUAGUGGGACCUCGCCGAUGGCUGUAUCCCCUUCGAGUACGGAUAUGUACUUUAACAUGCCAUCGCAGGGGGCUCCCUUCGGAAGCCUACCCAACUUACAUCAUAAUAGCCAGUUUGUUUACGGCCAAAUGGCUAGACAACGUGUUUCAUUCGACCGCAAUGUCAGGGUUGUGGAUGCCUUUGGAUCGAAACAGUACGAUAGGAAAUCGUUCAAGGAGAAACAUCGUGUGUUUAAGAAACCCAAGAGGCAGCCGUGCAAGAUGGAGAUCCUAGAGGAACUGCUAAGGUUCAAACUAUUGGACAUGAAGGUCCACGAGGAGAGCCAGGGCAACACUGACUUGCAUCUGGGCCACCUCCAUGGGGAACAAUUGCAGGCCAGGAAGCAAAUGAUGGCAGAUAUUUUAGCUCAAAGAAGCUGAUGCCAAAUAGCGUAUUUAUUUAUAUUUGUUAUGUGUACCUAUACAACCUAUAGAUGCAUAUACCUAAUAUGCAAGUAAAGCAGUCGCGGUUAAUCUUGGUCCGUUCGAAACAGGUGCCACACAGUAGAAGUGUUGUUCUUGGCUGACGAGAUAAACUGUAUUGCGCAAACCCCAUAGUGACAUAUCAAAGGUUUUUUCUUGGCACAUUGUCUCCUUGACAAGGAACAGUCGUCGGUAUCGCUGCAUAUUAUUCAAUUAAAUAUAUCAGAAUAAAUUAAUAUAUCCAUAUGUAUAUAUA